AUGAUUGUAGUGAUCUCAAGCUUGAUCGUCGGACUGUUCAGCUCCGUGUACGUAUUGUAUGCGGCGGUCUUUGUGUCGAUCGCCUACUACUUUUCGACGUCCACACACGAUAAAUGGCGCAAACUCAACGURCCUCACACCAAGCCCUUACCGCUGUUUGGGAACUCGAUGAAAAUGGUCUUGUCCAAGGAGCACCCGUUAGACUUUUUCUCRGGCGUUUACAACCGAUUUCCAGACGAACAGAUUUGUGGAUUUUAUCAGAUGAACACACCGUUCCUGAUGAUCCGCGAUCCGGAACUGAUCAACACAAUAAUGGUWAAARACUUCUCGUACUUUACCGACCACGGUUUUGAUACUGACCCGUCMRUCARCAUCUUGGCCAACAGUCUGUUCAUGUUGAAUGGCGAUCGRUGGAGAACRAUGCGACAGAAGCUCAGUCCCGGKUUCACAUCGGGAAAAUUGAAAGACACACAUGACCAAAUCAAGGAGUGCAUCGACCAGCURAUAAAUGUCAUCGACGACAACUUAAAGAUCAGCGAUCACUUUGAAMUAGGAGACAUGGUAAGAAAUUUCUCGACGGAUGUMAUUGGUAUGUCGGCUUUUGGUCUAAAAUUGGACACGAUCAAAAACGGAAAUGAAGACUUCCGCAAGUUUGGCAAGAAAAUAUUCCAGGCAGACUUCAAACAGCUCUUUGUCCAGGCUAUGUUGUUACUCUGUCCAAAGCUGGUGUUWACUCUUAAGCUGCAACAGWUUCCURAGGACGCYGCUGAUUUUUAURRAUCUAUGUUCAGAGACGUUCUGGAGUAYAGGRACCRGAACAACGUCGUCAGGAAUGACGUCACRCAAACBCUGAUACAAGCUAGRAAAGAUUUGGUGACGAAUAACGACGGCGAUGACUCGAAUUCUGAAAACAAAUGGACCGAAAUGGAUAUAAUCGGAAACGCAAUACUUAUGUUUGUAGCUGGUGCCGAAACGGUUUCUAUCACGAUAUGCUAUUGUUUAUACCAGUURGCAUUGAACAAAGGCGUCCAAGAUAAACUGCGGCAAGAGAUCGUCACRACAAAAGAGAAAAACGRUGGACAGMUAAACAAMGACUUUUUGACAAAUCUCCAUUACAUGAAUAUGGUUUUGGAGGGGUUGCAAUUGGCUUUACAAUUUAGUAUGGAUGAAUAA